GAAAAACCUCAAACGAAAAGGUGUGCUCUUCUUCCUUGUGCCAGCACUUCCGCUAACUUCCCUCAAUUUACAAGUAUCCCGUAACUUCCAUUCUCUUUCUUCCUCCAUUUUCUUUUAAUCAGAAAGUCCAAGGACAAAGUUUUAUUUUGAGCUGUUUCUUUUCUAUGUAUAAUGGAUGAAUUUGAGAAUCAAAUUUAGUGAAUUGCCCACAGAGUACUAUUAUUUUCUGUUGCUGAGUUUGGCUUACUUCACUUUAGGCAGAAAUUUGUGAAGGAUUGCAAUGGACGCUAUUAAACAAGAGAAAGUAAGGAGAUUUGAGGAGUUUGUUGAUCGCCGUCUGAAACCAGAUCUUGUUCAGGCAAUUGCUCAACGGGACAAGGUCUUUGAACAGCAAAAGAUUUUCUCUGAUUUAAGAAGUAAUAUAGAGAAUUUGGAGAAGAACAGUGUGACUAAUCUGAAGACAUUGGUUAAUCUUGGCUCUGAAGUAUACAUGCAAGCUAACGUGCCAGAUGCAACACAUAUAUUUGUUGAUGUCGGCCUUGGAUUUCAUGUGGAGUUCACUUGGUCAGAAGCUCUAAAUUAUAUAUCAGCAAGGGAGGAGAACAUAGCCAGGCAGAUAGAGGAAUAUACACGUCUAAUUGCAUCAAUUAAGGCCCAGAUCAAAAUGGUUUGCGAAGGAAUACGCGAGUUGCUCCAGCUUCCAGCAGAGCCAGCUUACUAAUACACGUCUUAUGUUGAUAAAAGAGAGGGGAAUUACUGGGACAAGAGACUCAAAAAGUGAAGAAUGAAGACAAGAUAAUCUUCUAUCCAUUAAAGGAACUUCAUGAUGGAAUUGUGCAAAUUUACUGUCAAGGACUUGUUUAUCUGUUCCCUUUUUUUUUUACUGACACUGACAAAAUGGCUUUGUAGACAGUGGAAUUGGAACCAUAUUAGCUAACAGAUUUGAGGUCAAUGCUAAUUGUGUCUUUGUAAAGUUUAAUUUUGUUGAGAUAGUAACAUGGGCAUUUUUAAAUUUGCUGGUCUUUUUCCCAGAUAAUAUUACUAGUUAAUAUCAUGAUUGCUAAUUUUUUAGUUGCUUUGUAUAAAAAUUAGUACACGAA